UUAAGCUAGGGCAUCCUCCUAUUCCUUGCACUCUUCUCUUAGCUGAAUCGACGACGCCAUGGGACAUCCCCAAGCAGAAUGCGAGUAUGAAAGCUUUCGAAAAGCUCGAAUUUCAGAGAACAAGGCUAGAAUGGCCUUUCUGAACUUAAAUCGCUGCGCCGAUGAGCUUCGCUCCAUCGUUUCUUCUCCCAAAUCGAGUGCAAGAAGCACGAACAGUCCAGGGAAGAAUAAACUCAAGGGUUUGGGUUCCCUUCGGCGCUCUGAUAGAUUGAAAGGGAAACCAGCAGUCGUAGAACUACCAUUAGAUCGAGAUUCUUCGGAUCCAGCACCAAAAACAAGAUUGGCAAUGCCGGCAUGGAGGAGAAUGGGGUUGGUAAGCCGUGGAGGUAGUGCACGAGGAAGCGUCUAUGACUCUGUUCUGGGCAUUUGCUGCCAUUUCUGCAGGCAAAAAAAGCUAUGCGGUGAAGAAGACUGCAACAGAUGCAAUACUGGAAAUAUCAACCAGCCUUGCACUGGCAAGACAGAAUGUUCUGUGUGCCAUUCUUCUAAUGGAAUCUUGUGUCGUGCUUGUCUCAAGGUUAGAUAUGGUGAAGAUAUGGAGGAAGUGAGAAGGAUGAAGGACUGGAUGUGCCCCCACUGUAUUGAAGAGAAAGGCAACAAACCUUAUUGGAUAUGUAACAGUUCUCUAUGUUUGAAGAAGCGAAAGAUGACACCAACUGGAAUUGCUAUUUAUCAUGCUCGUGAAAGAGGGUACAAAUCAGUGGCACAUUUGCUUAUGGACGAGUUGAAGAAAGCUGAAAAGCAGUUCAAAAAGUAGAAGAAAUUCGAAGAAAGAGAACAUUUGAGGAUUGAUGGUUACAGGAACCAGCACGGCUUUCAAUCAAGAUUUUUGUUUGCAUAAUUUUAUUGGGGAUUCUCUUGAGAGUCUUGUAAAAAGGUUAGCAAAGAUGGA